GAUGACACUAAACUUUAAAACGUGGGGAUAUAUGGUUCAUAAUUCAAUGGUCAUUUAAGGUUGAUUUUUUCUUUUCCUUUUCUUUUUAAUUUCAACUUUUAAAAAGGCAUGAUCAACGUAAAUGAUUGUGAUAUUCCAAUGGGUUAUUGCAAGCAGUAUAUAUAACCCACGUUUCCCUUUAAGCGGUUACACAUUUCCAAGUUUCUUCCUCUCUAGUUCCCAGAUUUUUUAAGAAAAUGGCCAUCGAAGCUGCGGUCAAGGCUGCUGUUGGUGCACCGGACGAGAUUGGGGACUGCCCUUUCAGUCAGAGGGUUCUCUUAACUUUGGAGGAGAAGAAAGUUCCUUACAAAUUGCAUCUCAUCAAUCUGUCCGACAAACCCAGUUGGUUCUUGAAAGUGAGCCCAGAAGGGAAAGUGCCGGUGGUGAAGUUUGAUGACAAAUGGGUUCCUGAUUCUGAUGUCAUCGUGGGGAUUCUUGAGGAGAAGUAUCCAGAGCCUUCUCUUGUUACUCCUCCUCAAUUUUCUUCUGUGGGAUCGAAGAUAUUUAGUGCUUUUGGAAAAUUCUUGAAAAGCAAGAACCCGAAGGAUCAUUCAGAGGAGGAUUUACUUGUAGAGUUGAAGGCGCUCGAUGAGCAUCUUAAGGCUCAUGAUGGACCUUAUGUUGCGGGAGAGAAGGUAACUGCUGUUGAUUUGAGUCUGGCACCGAAGUUGUACCAUGUUGAUAUUGCUCUUGGCCAUUUUAAGAAGUGGUCUAUCCCCAAAGAGUUGGCCAGUUUAAUCGCCUACAAAGAGUUGCUUUUCACUCGAGAAUCUUUUGUGAAGACGAAAGCUACCCCAGAACAUGUAAUUGCUGGAUGGGAGCCAAAGGUGAAUCCUGCCUGAAUACAGGGACGCAUUCACCCCAAGUUAUAAAAUAAUUGGAAGAGGGGUUUGAUUCGUAUGAAUUUGGCUGUGGUGCUUGCUUGUUAUCUUCCCUAUGUUUCAAUAAAGUGUAUUUUUCUUAUGUGCUAUAAUGGAACAGUGUAAUAUCAUUAUGCCUCAUCUUUUAGUAAAGGCUGUGAGAGCUUUGGUUA